AUGGCGGAGCGGAGGAUUUCCUAUGCUCCCGACGUGGAGAAUGGUGACCAUUCUCGCGCUCCUCAACUUGAUGAUGGUGCUGGUCUCGACGAGUACGCCGCGUUGAACCGUUACAUCUCGACCGCCCCCGACAAGCGCCGCGGUUCGACUGCUAGUGCCGGUGGCGUGAGUGCCGGCAAGAAGAAGAAGGGUUUCUCCCUCUUCGGUAAGAAGGGUGAUGGUGUGGAGGAUGGCUUCGUCUGCCCCGAUGACUGGCUCGAGACCGACAUGCGCUCCGGUCUGCGCUCCAGCGACAUCGAGCCUCGUCGCAAGCGUACCGGGUGGAACGAGCUGACCACCGAGAAGACCAACUUCUUCGUUCAGUUCAUUGGUUACUUCCGUGGUCCUAUUCUUUAUGUUAUGGAAUUGGCUGUCUGUCUUGCUGCUGGUCUUCGUGACUGGAUCGAUUUCGGUGUCAUUAUUGGUAUUCUUAUGCUUAACGCUAUCGUCGGUUGGUACCAGGAGAAGCAGGCUGCCGACGUUGUCGCUUCCCUCAAGGGUGAUAUUGCUAUGAAGGCCAUCGUCAUUCGUGAUGGUCAGGAACAGGAAAUCCUUGCCCGUGAACUUGUUACUGGUGAUAUUAUCGUUAUCGAGGAAGGUACCGUUGUCCCCGCCGAUAUUCGCCUGAUCUGUGACUACGACAAGCCCGAGAACUUCGAGACCUACAAGGAGUACCUCGCCACCGUUGGUGACGACACCCUUAAGGAGAAGGAGGAUGAGGACGACGAGGAUGGUGGCAUUGAGGCCCGUGCCGGUGUCUCUCUCGUCGCCGUUGACCAGUCCGCCAUCACUGGUGAAUCUCUCGCUGUCGACAAGUACAUGGCCGACACUUGCUACUACACCACUGGUUGCAAGCGUGGUAAGGCCUACGCUAUCGUUACUGCCACCGCCAGACACUCUUUCGUCGGUAAGACCGCUGCUCUCGUUCAGGGUGCCCAGGACCAGGGUCACUUCAAGGCUGUCAUGGACAACAUCGGUACCACCCUGCUUGUUCUUGUCAUGUUCUGGAUUCUCGCUGCCUGGAUCGGUGGUUUCUACCGUCACCUCAAGAUCGCUACUCCCGAGNAACGAGGACCGCAACUUGCUCCACUACACCCUGAUUCUCCUGAUCAUUGGUGUCCCCGUCGGUCUCCCCGUCGUCACCACCACCACCCUCGCUGUCGGUGCUGCCUACUUGGCUGAGCAGAAGGCUAUUGUCCAGAAGCUCACUGCCAUUGAGUCCCUUGCCGGUGUCGACAUUCUCUGCUCUGACAAGACUGGUACCCUCACUGCCAACCAGCUCUCCAUCCGUGAGCCCUACGUCAACGAGGGUGUCGAUGUUAACUGGAUGAUGGCUGUCGCUGCCAUUGCCUCCAACCACAACAUCAAGAACCUCGACCCCAUUGACAAGGUCACUAUCAUGACCCUCCGUCGUUACCCCAAGGCCCGUGAGAUUCUCGCCCGCAACUGGGUCACCGAGAAGUACACUCCUUUCGACCCCGUCUCCAAGCGUAUCACCACCAUCUGUACCUGCGAUGGUGUCCGCUACGUCUGCGCCAAGGGUGCCCCCAAGGCUAUCCUCAACAUGUCCCAGUGCUCUGAGGAGGAGGCCGACAAGUUCCGUGAGAAGGCUGCUGAGUUCGCUCGUCGUGGUUUCCGUUCCCUCGGUGUUGCCGUCCAGAAGGAGGGUGAGCCCUGGCAACUGCUGGGCAUGUACCCCAUGUUCGACCCCCCCCGUGAGGAUACCGCCCACACCAUCGCUGAGGCCCAGCACCUUGGUCUGUCCGUCAAGAUGUUGACUGGUGAUGCUCUCGCUAUUGCCAAGGAAACCUGCAAGAUGCUUGCUCUUUCUACUAAGGUCUACGACUCCGAGCGUCUGAUCCACGGUGGUCUUGCUGGCUCUGCUCAGCACGAUCUUGUUGAGAAGGCUGACGGUUUCGCUGAGGUCUUCCCCGAGCACAAGUACCAGGUCGUCGAGAUGCUCCAGCAGCGUGGUCACUUGACUGCCAUGACUGGUGACGGUGUCAACGACGCUCCCUCUCUCAAGAAGGCUGACUGCGGUAUCGCUGUCGAGGGUUCCACUGAGGCUGCCCAGGCUGCUGCCGAUAUUGUCUUCCUUGCCCCCGGUCUGUCCACCAUUGUUGAUGCCAUCAAGCUCGCCCGUCAGAUCUUCCAGCGUAUGAAGGCCUACAUCCAGUACCGUAUUGCUCUGUGUCUCCACCUUGAGGUCUACCUUGUCACCUCCAUGAUCAUCAUUGACGAGACCAUCCGUGCCGAUCUGAUUGUCUUCAUUGCCCUGUUCGCUGAUUUGGCCACCAUCGCCAUUGCCUACGACAACGCCCACUACGAACAGCGCCCCGUCGAGUGGCAGCUGCCCAAGAUCUGGGUGAUUUCCGUCAUCCUUGGUAUCCUCCUGGCUGGCGCCACCUGGAUCAUCCGUGCCUCCCUCUUCCUCACCAACGGUGGUAUUAUCCAGAACUUCGGUUCUCCCCAGGAAAUCCUCUUCCUCGAGGUUGCCCUUACCGAGAACUGGCUCAUCUUCGUCACCCGUGGUGGUAAGACCUGGCCCUCUUGGCAGCUGGUUGGCGCCAUCUUCAUUGUCGAUGUGCUCGCCACCCUGUUCUGUGUCUUCGGCUGGCUCUCCGGCGACUACCUCCAGACCCACCCCGUUGACCGUGCCGACUUCUCCGUCAACGGUGAUGUCGACAUUGUCACCGUCGUUGUUGUCUGGGGUUACUCCAUUGGUGUCACCAUCAUCAUCGCUGUGGUGUACUAUCUCCUUACCAUCAUCCCCUUCCUUGACAACCUUGGUCGCAAGACCCGCUCUCGCGCUGACACCCAGAUCGAGAACCUGCUUGGCCACCUGUCCAAGCUGGCCAUCGAGCACGAGGUCGACGCCCACGGCAAGAGCCGCUACAUGCUGGGUGCUCGCGCUGAGGUCGAAGAGGAUGAGUAA